UUUUCGAUCUAUCUGUGCUUAGCUUUUAGAUUAAGCUUCCAACUUAAAUCAAUUUUCUAAUUGGCAAAGCCGCAUAUUUCUUCAGUUUCGCUUUGUUCUUCAGUUAUUAUAGCCACCUUUUGAGAAGUGCUUUUUCGUUUUUGGGAUUUUCUGUAUUGGAUUCGUAAAUUGGAAUUGGUGAAUUCAUACGUUUUGCCUGUUUUGUGCUUUCUGUAGCUCCGUUCAAUAGGCUCUCUUUUAGCUGCUCCGUUCAAUGGGAGAGGGUUCUGGAAUGAUGGCUGAGGAUAACACCGAUGAACUAGUAAGUCCAGUGACUAGCGUGAAGAAUGACUCUAUGGCUGAGGAUAGCAUCGAUGAACUAGUGAGUGCAGUAACUAGCGUGAAGAAUGACUCUGCUGGAAGAAAGCCAGAUAAAAUCAGCACAAUAAAACCGAGAUCUAUGAGUAAUGGAAACAAGGUUCUUCCCUGCUAUCGCAGCUCCUCCUCUACUUCAUCUUACAAUGCAGGCAAUACAAGAAGGCAAUCCACUGGGAAGUUGAAUUCUCCUGAUAGCGGACAAGAUGUUAUUCCUCAUUAUCUGAGAGCUUCCACUGGUUCUUGCCAUGACUUCUGUAAAUAUGGCAGGAAACAUUCCUCUGAAGCAAAGCCAUGGCAUCCUCUAUCAAAAAGAAAGAACAAACUUCCUGCUGAUGAGCAGAGUCCUGCAUGGACCUUGGUGGGGGAGGCAAAAAAGGGGACUUUGGUCAAGCAAAAGCUUUCCACUCCUCCUGGGAGUGUGCUGGGAGAGAAAAAGAAGGUGACAGGAGUUGAGCAAAAGCCUUCCACUUCUCCAGGGAGUAUGCUGGGAGAGGCGAAGAAGAGGACCGUGGUCAUGCAAAAGACUUCCACUACUUCAGGGAGUAACCAGAGUGAUGGAAAGAAGGGGACUUUGAUCAAGCAAAAGCUUUCCACUCCUCCUGUGAGUAUGCUGGAAGAGGGAAAGAAGGUAAAUGAGGUCUAUCAAAAGCCUUCAGCACCUCAGGAGAGUUUACUCAAAUAUGAAAAGGAGGUCACUAUGGUUGAGCAAAAGCCUUCUUCUCCUCCAGGUUGCAUGGAGGGAGGGAUAGAUGAGGUGACUGUGGUUGAGCAGAAGUCUUCAGCUUCUCUGGUGAAUAUGCUAGGAGAGGGAGAAAAUGUGACUGUGGUUGAGCAAAAGCUUUCUACUCCCCCAGGGAGUAUGCUGGUAGAGGGAAAGAAAGAGGCCGUGGUCAAUCAAAAGCCAUCUGCUCCUCCAGGGAGUAUGCUAGGACAGGGAAAGAAGUUGAAUGUGGUCGAUCGAAGGCCUUCUCCCAAGGUUCACUCUCUUGAACCCUCUGAAAUAAAAAAGAAAAAGAUACUGCUGCCACCAAAGAGUGUUCACUCUCUGAAAUUGGAUUCCUCAAGUGACAAGAUGCCAGAGACAGAAAAGAAAAUGAAAUCUUCAUCUAAGAUCUUAGGAGGUGUAGAUGCAGGAGGCAAGAAAGACAGUGUUGCUAAUUAUAGAAAACAAAUAAUCGCGCCUAAAGUAUCUGCAGAGAAAUCUUUGGAGACGCCAACUCUUUCAUCUUCUCCAAAAUCUUCCUCUGUCAAACCUUUGAUCUUGAGGGUAAGAAGCAAUAAAAGCUUAAAACUGCUGGCUCCUCUGAAGGACCAGAACAAGAUGCGGAGAGAUGGGACAAACAAACUGAACCCUAAACUGGUUCCUGAGAAAACUGUACGUACUCCCAAAGUGAAAGCAUCACCAAAGUCUUCACCCCAUUUACAAUCACGUCCGUUGUCUAAUGAAGAAGAUAAAAAGGAAGUUGUUAAGCUUGCAGACAGUGCAUUGGGUAAAUACACCUCUAGCAGCAAAAAUCUGUUACACAUAGCAGACGCAGAAACUGUUGGGAAAAAUCAGAAAAAGACAUUGAGAAAAGGUAAGACAGGUGUUUCUAAUGAUAAUAAUUCUUCGGCAGUGAAACUAAAGUUCAGAAGGGGCAAGAUAGUUGAUCUCCAGCAAGAAACCAGCAGCCCUAGGAGGCUGACAUUUAGAUGGGGACGACAUGUGGGUGAAAGCCAGGACAGCAAUAUAAGAAAGAGAAUCUUUAAAAAGAAAGGAGUUGAUGGUGACAAAAGUAAUACCAUCCCUAUUUCUGGAAAAAUUGUUUUGAGGCAUCAGGAUGUGCAAGAAAAGAAAGAUGUGCAGGGUUUGUUGAAUAAUGUGAUUGAAGAGACGGCGAGUAAGCUUGUUGAAACCAGGAAGAGCAAGGUUAAAGCUUUGGUGGGAGCUUUUGAGACAGUGAUUUCCCUCCACGAUAAACCUUCUACUGUCACCGUUUCUUGAUUAACUAACAGAAUUUUAUAACAAAUAGGAGCAAUUGCAAAUAUAGUGGUUGAUAUAGCUUUUCUGACCUGGUUUACAUAUGUUUGUCCUGUUUCUCAUUCCGACUCAUCUUCUUAACGAUUUCUUGAUGCUUGCCGGUUCUAUUCUCAUGAUUGAAUAAAUUCAGUUUCUUCUGGGUGCA